AUGUCGAGCAAUAGACCUAAAUUCAGGAUUGAUUUCCAGUCACCACCGCGCCCUUUCCUCCAUAAAUAUGACAGGCUUCUCCCAGCGUCGUCCCAAUCCCCGGAAAUACCACCUACAUUUCUCUCCGCUCUUACCGUUCGUGAAAACGUGUUCGUGCAUGAACUAGGUGCUGUCCCCCUGGAACACCAUCUUGACACCGAUGAUGCUAGGUCUUGUCACUGGGUCCUAUUCAAUCGUUCUCCUGGUUCAAAUGAAUUGAGCCCGCGGGCAAAUCCCAGCUCAAAGGCACAAGUCCAGCCACCAGAACAUAAGCUGGAACAGAAAGUGGAAAAUGAAACGGAUGAGCAACAUGCAAAACCAAUAGGCACCAUACGCCUUAUACCCUCUCCACACUACUCCCGCCACCCCUUACCCGGGUCGCGCCUCAACCCUGACUUGCACCAACUACCCAACCCUCCACUCCCCGCCUCAGAAGUAUUCUUCGCACCUGCUCCGACAUACACCCCUGAUCGUGCAACAAGUUUCCAUGAUGGGUUAGAGCCAUAUGUUAAGAUCGGAAGACUAUGCGUUGUAAAGGAGUGGAGGGGGAAAGGAUGCGCCUCCAUGUUGAUUCAAGAGGCAUUGAGGUGGAUAAGCGAGAAUCCGGGGUUUACUUGUCAAAACAAUGCAGAAGAAUAUGUGGCUCAAGAGAGGAAAUGGAAUGGAUUGGUAUGUGCUCUUGCUCAGGAAGGCGCAAUUACGACUUGGCAGAAGAAUGGGUUUAAGGUUGACGAGGGAAUGGGGGAUUGGUGGGAUGGUGGGAUAAGGCAUGUUGGGAUGUGGGUGAGAGUGGAUGUUCAGAAUAGUAGGGAAGAGUCUAGAUAA